AGUUUACAUAGAAGUGUUAAAGAAAAAAUAGCUAAAUUAUCGCUCUUUACCAACAAAGAGAGUUUUUUAAUUCAAUGAAAAAAAUCCAUUAAUAAUCUAAAAGCAUUUUCAAUUGCUAUUGUCUAAUAAUGAUUUUAUUCUAAAAUCCAACAGAGAAUGACUUUUUUAACGACUAUUAAAACGAAAUCUUUUGGGAUUUAAAAGAGAAAAAAAAUGAGCUUUCAGGAACAAGUGAAAAACUUUUCGAAAUCAAAAUUAAAGAAAACUUCAACAUCGUUAAAAACUGAAGAUGGCCGAUUAGUACAAUUAAAUAUUCAUGAUCUUUCGUUUAAAGUAAGAAAUUUAGAAAAUAAUUUACCAGGAUUUAUAGUGGAUAAUAAACCAGAUUUAACGAUAAAUGAAAUACUCCCAGGUUUAUACUUAUCUGGUCAAGAUGUGGCUAGAGAUUUAAGUAUCUUAAAAUCAAGUGGUAUAACACAUAUACUAAAUUUGGCGCCAAUAAUUCCAUGCUCAUUUCCGUCUGAAUUUGCUUAUAAAACCGUAGAACUUCUCGAUGUACCGGAAACUGAUCUAAUUUCCUCUCUGGAGGACUGUCUCAAUUUUAUUGACUUAGUUUUGAAAGAUUCGAAAGGAAACGUUUUGGUUCAUUGUAAUGCGGGUGUCUCUAGGGCUCCUUCGAUAGUCAUUGCCUUCGUGAUGAGAAAACUAAAGUUGGAUUAUGACGAUGCUCUUAAGUUCGUAAAGGACAAGCGGCCUUGUAUACGCCCAAAUGACGGUUUUCAGAAGCAAUUGAGAGAAUUGGGGAAAACUGUUUAAAUUCUUUAUCUUCUAUAUAAUCUGAUUAUUUAUAUAAUACAUAAUUUGAAUGAAUGAAAAACUAUCAACUCGAUUAAUGUUUUGUUGAUAAAACUAGAAAUUGGUUUAUUUUCUCUCUUAUUUUUUACAAUGACAUAUGUUUGCAUAGCAUUGAUGUAGAUUUGUAACAAUUAGUUACAGAGUUGUAAUUACUUGUCAAAUUAAACAAGGUAGGUGAAUAAACUUUUAUUCUAUAAUCUAAAAGUUGUACUUUGUAAUAGAGAAGCUUUUAAAUUAAAAAUGCA